AUGGCUGCUCUAGAUCGUCUACCACCUGAGCUGACGAACAAGAUUGUCAAUCUCCUGAAAAGAAGUGAUACAGAAUCACAGACCCAUCUCAGAAAUCUUCGCUUAGUCAACCGAGCGCUGUCCGUCGUUGCCACGCCGUUUGUCUUUGCUACUGUGCCUCUAUGGAUUGGGAUGCACAGUCUCAAAAAUCUCAACAAUAUUGCUCAGCAUCCCCUGCUCUCAAAACUCGUGACAAAGAUCGCUUUUGAGCCGCUCCGUGCAAUCGAAACCUACGAUGAGGGCGAAUUGCAAAAGAGCGUGAAGGACUAUUUUGACUAUCAAAACAGUAGUCUUAAUGAUAGUACUAUUGCCGUCGGACAAUAUCUCGCCGCCCGCAAACGCUACGCAAAUGAGCAGCAGUUCCUGGAUAGAGACGACACCGACAGAAGAAUUUUGACUCUGGAAUACAGGUCAACUCGAUUCGAAUACUGGCGCAAGAAAAUGCUUGUCCUUUAG